UUUAAGCUACAAAAUAUGCGUAGGAUUGCUACGCUGUGUAGACUGCUGAUGCUCGGGGUAACACUUUACGCAUCAGCAGUCAUCGGACACAUUCGCAUUGAUGCACCAGAGAUUCAUGUGUCCCCAAAUUACAAACCUGCCUUCGUCCGCUCUGCUGUAGAAAGUAUCCCUUUAGAGGAUGAAGUAGGGGCCUUAAGUCGAUUUCAUCACACGUUUGGCGAUACAUUCUUGCCGCUACGCACAGCCGUAGAAAGUGUUCCGACUCUAAAUGAAAGGACCGUUACUCAGUUAAGGGAAUCUUCAAGUCGACGUUCAUUUAUUCGCGAUUCCAUAGAAGCAGUGCCAAAGUUCGAUGAUGACGAAAACUUGGAAAGCUACGUCAGAGAUAUAGAUGUGGGUACCGAAAUUAACCCCGAGCAGCUUUUAGAACCGGAUCCAUGGACAAUAUCCGAUAAAUACGCCGCUUUUAUUGCUUCCGGAGCAUCGGAUGAAUAUCAUCCACAGCCUUUCCGAACUGGCUCUCCAUAUCAACAGCUUUUAAAAGCCGUGGAUAUUGGACACCUAGAGAUGAUCGAUGAACUAGAUCCCUUUAAGGAACAACUAUCUUACGGCGCGCUAGCACAGUUGGGAAACAAAAAAAUCAUCAUGGCUCCCAAAGUUCUUUGCUACAUGUCUAACUGGGCAUUCUACCGAAAGGGCGAUGGUCAUUUUGUACCAGAGCAUAUCGAUCCAGUGCUUUGCUCGGCCAUCAUCUACUCGUUCGCAUCGCUGGACCCCGAUUAUCUAACCAUUCGCGAUUUUGAUCCCUGGGUGGAUUUGGAAAACCAAUACUAUCGCCGAGUAGUUACAUUAGGAGUACCCGUAUUGAUUGCACUGGGCGGUUGGACGGACUCUAGUGGCGAUAAGUACUCUCGUCUGGCUGGUGAUGAAAUCAAGCGGCGUGUGUUCGCUUCCAGUGCGGCCGGCUUUCUACAGCGUCACGGAUUUAGCGGUCUGCACAUGGACUGGAAUUAUCCAAAAUGCUGGCAAAGUGACUGCUCCAAGGGACCUGCCAGUGAUAAGCCUAACCUAACAAAGUUGCUUCGCGACUUGCGUAACGAAUUUCUGCGGGUUAAUCCAAAACUUCAGUUGGGAAUAGCUAUAUCCGGCUAUAAAGAGAUCAUAACGGAAGCCUAUGAACUUCCAGCCCUUUCUGAUAUAGUGGAUUACAUGACAGUGAUGACCUAUGACUACCAUGGAGCUUGGGAGCGACAGACAGGGCAUGUUAGUCCGCUUUACGGUCAUUCGUCAGAAAAAUAUCCGCAGUACAACACAGACUACACAAUGCAGUUUCUGGUGAAAAUGGGCGCUGUGAGAGAAAAGCUCGUUUUAAGCAUUCCUUUUUAUGGUCAAAGCUUCACACUAGAGAAAAGUAGACAGAAAUUGGUUGGCGAAGGGAUUCCGGCUACGGGGCCCGGAGAAGCCGGGGAAUCAACUAAGCAACCGGGAAUGCUUUCAUACUAUGAAAUUUGCCACCGUGUCACAACACUGAAGUGGCUUAGUGGUCGAGAUGUCAACAAGAGAUCUGGUCCGUAUGCUAUGCUAAAUGAUCAGUGGGUGGGUUACGAGGACUCAUCUAGUGUUGAGGCCAAGGCUCGGUAUGCAGUCAAAAACGAUUUUGCCGGAGUAGCCGCGUGGACCAUUGACCUAGAUGACUUUAGUAACCAUUGCUGCAGUGAGUCCUACCCACUGUUGAAGGCCAUAAACCGGGGACUUGGGCGAUUACAUUUAGAGGCGCCCAAACGACAGAACUGUACGCGUCCACCUCCAGUGAGCACUCCAUUGCCUCCACAAAUGACCACCAUCAGCAGCGAUGGCUCGGCGGGAUCUGGGCAAAAUCACGAGCACACAACAUUCAGGCCAAACUGGGAGGCCAGCCACGUCCCUACUAUUCUUACAACGAAAACACCGCCGUCCUUUACAAGUACAACCAAAAGGCUUACGACUACAACUACUGAAAGCCCGAGCACCAACUGGUGGAGCUCCACAAUGGCAAGUGGACCAAGCAAAACAACGAGGACAACCACAAAACCGGCACAUACUUCUAUACCCGUGCAAGCACAGAUCUUUCCGGUAGUACAAGCCGCAAACUGCGAGCCCGGCGAGUUUUAUCCAGAUUCAAAGAAUUGCAAUGUAUACUAUCAAUGCAUUAUAAAAGGAGAGAUGAGACAGCAAUUUUGUCCUGGAAGCCUGCACUGGAACAAUGAGGCUAAAGGCUGCGAUUGGCCUUCCUCAACUAAAUGUUUAUCGAAUCAGGAUCAGAAAACAACUACAGUCAGCCCUAUUCAAACUUCCGAAAAACCAAACAGGCCUUCAAAGCCCAAUAAGAAACCGACAAAGCCCACGUCGGGAGUACAAGUUGCAGGAAAUGUCCCGACCAAACCACCGAACCCUACGACACGCCGUCCACGACCUUCCCCAUCGCCACGGUGCAAUGAAGGCGAAUACUAUACCCACAGGAACUGCGCAAAGUACUAUAUUUGUGUAAAUGGAGUAUUAGCGCCAAGCGAAUGCGGCGGAGAUUUGCACUGGGAUGCUAUCCGUAAAACCUGUGACUGGCCUAAAAACGUGCAGUGCGUAACAAGUAAGAAAUACUUAAGAAUUAUUCAAGCCACUAGAUCUAGCGAGGAAGAUCCAUGCAACGGAGAGGUGCGUGUCUCUUAUCCUGGCGACUGUUCCAAGUAUCUAUUCUGUUUGUGGAACCGUCUUCAGGCGGCAGACUGUCCACCGGGACUGCACUACAACACAGCAAUCGGUAACUGCGAUUGGCCUGCAGCAGCCAAGUGUAAUCAGAUUUCCGCUACCAGCAUGGGUGGAGAUGUAAACACGAAGCCGAUGCCUCCAGCGUUAGUAAAGCCAGCACCUACCACCCAAAAGCCGACCACUACUCAGCAUCCCACCUACCCCACCGACAAACCAGUGCUACAGCCGCUGGAUGGUUACUAUAAGAUAGUAUGCUACUUCACCAACUGGGCCUGGUACCGCAAGGGCUUAGGUCGCUACACGCCAGAUGACAUUAACACAGACCUCUGCACACACGUAGUGUACGGGUUUGCGGUAUUGGACUACUCUGAGUUAAUUCUGCGAACUCAUGAUUCUUGGGCAGACAUUGACAACAACUUUUAUACGAGAGUGACCGGGCUCAAGGAAAAGGGUAUCAAGGUGAGUCUGGCACUCGGCGGAUGGAAUGAUUCUCAGGGCGAUAAGUACAGCCGGCUAGUGCGGAGUCCGAUGGCACGGGCUAGAUUUAUCCGUCAUGCUCUAGAAUUUAUCGACAAGUAUGGCUUCGAGGGACUAGACUUGGACUGGGAAUACCCGGUAUGUUGGCAAACAGAGUGUAACAAGGGAUUUGCAGAGGAAAAGGAAGGAUUCACUGCGUGGGUACGGGAGCUCUCCCAAGCAUUUCGUCCCCGUGGAUUUUUGUUAUCUACCGCAGUUUCGCCCAGCAAGAAAAUUAUUGAUGCUGGAUACAACGUACCAGAACUGUCUCGUUAUUUUGAUUGGAUUGCUGUUAUGACUUAUGAUUUUCAUGGGCAAUGGGAUAAGAAAACUGGACAUGUGGCACCUCUUUACUAUCAUCCUGACGAUGACUUUGAUCACUUUAAUGCGAACUUCUCCUUAAACUAUUGGAUCGCAAAGGGAGCCCCGUCAAGAAAAAUUGUUAUGGGUAUGCCUCUAUACGGGCAAUCUUUUACUCUCGAGAAUGCCAGUAACAAUGGACUAAACGCUAAAGCUCCAGGACCCGGUCAUGCUGGCGAAUUUACCAAGGCUGCAGGAUUUCUUGCUUAUUAUGAGAUCUGCGAUCGCGUCAAACAUCAAGGAUGGGAGGUUGUGCAGGAUGUACAUGGUCGCAUGGGACCGUAUGCGCGGAAGGGAACACAGUGGGUAUCCUUUGAUGACCCAGCCAUAAUCCGGAAAAAGUCGCAACUAGUUCGAGCCUUGAACUUGGGCGGCGGAAUGGUUUGGGCUCUAGAUCUCGACGACUUCCGCAAUCGUUGCGGUGAUGGUGUGCAUCCUUUGCUACGACAGAUCCACGAUGUUCUAAAGGAACCGCCAAGUGGUUACGAACCAACACCUGGCGUAGAUUCUUCUAUAGAGCAGGCGUCUGUGGAGGAACAAGCCAUUUCAGAAGAAGGUGGAACUACAUCAAUUGAGAUCGGAACUGAGAGUCAAUUGGAGGAAACGCAGGAAGAGAUGGAAAUGGCGGUAGAGGCCAUUAAUGGGGCCGAAGAAGACAACGCCGAAGAAGCUAAUUUUGAAAUUGAAGCCGCCGAAGUCCCGAUCACUGGUACUGGUGGAUCGACACAGUUUAAAGUAGUCUGCUACUUUACCAACUGGGCUUGGUACCGCCAGGGGGGCGGGAAGUUCGUACCUGAGGAUAUCGACCCAGAACUGUGCACCCACAUAGUCUACGGCUUUGCUGUUCUAAGCCGAGAUAAGCUUACCAUUCAACCACAUGACUCCUGGGCUGAUCUGGACAACAAAUUCUAUGAGAGGGUUGUGGCGCAUCGAAAACGGGGAGUAAAAGUUACUGUGGCCAUUGGUGGGUGGAAUGACUCUGCCGGAGAUAAAUAUUCGCGACUGGUGAGAAACGCGAAGGCCCGAGCACAAUUUAUUAGACAUGUCAUCGAAUUCAUUGAAAAGUAUGGUUUCGAUGGACUCGACCUUGACUGGGAAUACCCGGUUUGCUGGCAGGUGGAUUGUAAAAAAGGAACGGAUGAUGAAAAGCAAGGAUACACAGCACUGGUUCGGGAAUUGUCGCAGGCUUUCCGGCCUAAAAACCUCCUACUAUCCGCUGCAGUUUCUCCUAAUAAAAAGGUAAUCGACGCCGGAUACGAAGUGGCUGAGUUAUCGAAGUACUUUGACUGGAUUGCCAUAAUGGCAUACGACUAUCACGGGCAAUGGGACAAGCAGACUGGCCACGUAGCACCCAUGUACGAGCACCCCGACGGAGUAGCCACCUUUAAUGCAAACUUUUCCGUAAACUACUGGAUAGCGAAUGGAGCAGACCGGCAAAAGCUCGUUUUGGGAAUGCCUAUGUAUGGACAGUCAUUUUCUUUGGCACAGGCCAAUGAACACAAUCUAAAUGCUCCCACCUAUGGUGGUGGGGAGGCUGGAGAGGCUACCAGGGCCAGAGGGUUCCUGGCGUACUAUGAGAUUUGCUCAUAUAUUCGCCAGAGAGGGUGGAAUGUCGUACGUGACGCUAGGGGCCGGAUGGGCCCAUACGCUUAUCUGCGAGAUCAGUGGGUUUCCUUUGAUGAUGCAGCAAUGAUCCGACACAAAAGCGAGUACGUUAAGGCUAUGGAUCUGGGAGGAGCUAUGAUAUGGGCACUGGAUCUAGAUGAUUUUAAGAACGACUGCGGUUGCGAGUCGUAUCCUUUGCUAAAAACUAUUAACCGUGUACUGCGUGGAUAUGGGGGCCCGAAUGCCAAGUGUGUGCUUGAAAAGAGCCCUUUGACAAUAAUUGGCAACCAUAAUAUAUUCAUUAAACCUACUUUAACCACAAGUUCAGACGGCGUAACUGUUGCACAACAAGAAUCUUGGACCAAACCCAAUCCUACACAACCGAUCUCGGCGUUGGAUUGUGACGGCAAAAACUACAUCGCGCAUGAACAAGACUGCAACAAAUACUAUGUCUGCCAAUAUGGAGAAUUAGUUGAACAUCGGUGCCCUACAGGUCUGUAUUGGAACGAAAACAAAUGCGACUGGUCAAACAAAGCUAAUUGCACAGUACGGGAGGAUCAACUUAGUCAAAUGCUAUUAGCACAACGCCCGAAGCCCACCAACGGCGACUCAAAACCCGAUUCAACUAAAAAACCAUUGAGCCCACCUAGCAAGAACCCCACCUCGGGUCAGAAGCCAACUUCUUUGCCGCAAAGUAGUGACAGAGAUUUCAAAGUUAUCUGCUAUUUUACCAACUGGGCAUGGUACCGAUCAGGCCAGGGAAAGUACGUUCCCGAGGAUAUCGACUCCAACUUAUGCACCCAUAUAAUUUAUGGGUUCGCAGUACUCGACAGUCACUCAUUGACUAUAAAGACCCACGACUCAUGGGCCGACAUCGAUAAUCAGUUCUACAAGCGGGUGGUGGAGUACAAGAAAAAAGGCCUCCGCGUGACGGUGGCUAUCGGCGGGUGGAACGACUCAUUGGGCAGCAAAUAUGCGCGCCUUGUUCUUGAUCCCCAAGCUCGAGUGCGCUUUAUCGCAAGCGUCUUAAGAUUUUUAGAAAAAUUUGGGUUCGAGGGCUUGGAUUUGGAUUGGGAGUAUCCUGUGUGCUGGCAGGUUGAUUGUUCCAAGGGCGCUCAAUUAGAAAAACAGGGAUUCGUAGCCUUAGUAAAAGAAUUAUUCGAAGCUUUUCAAACAAAGGGUCUAUUACUAUCAGCGGCGGUUUCGCCCAGUAAGACGGUAGUCGAUGCUGGGUACGAUGUACCGACAUUGUCCCGCUACCUUGACUGGAUUUCCGUUAUGACGUAUGAUUUUCACGGACACUGGGAUAAGCAAACCGGCCACGUAGCUCCACUGUACUAUAUCGCCGGCGACGAAAAUCCAAACUUUAAUGGCAAUUUCAGCAUCCACUAUUGGCUGGACCAGGGUACUCCCGCAAGCAAGCUUGUUAUGGGCAUGCCCCUUUACGGGCAGUCCUUUUCGCUAGCUAACCAGAAAAACAGAGCUCUAAACGACAAAUCUAUUGGGCCUGGGCAGGCGGGCACAUAUUCCCGCGCAAGUGGAUUCCUUGCCUAUUAUGAGAUUUGUGAAAAAAUUGGAAACGGAGGAUGGACCGUGAUAAGAGACGACUAUGGCCGCAUUGGGCCAUAUAGCUACAAAGCCGACCAGUGGGUUUCCUAUGACGACGUCGCGGACAUUCGCCGUAAAGCGCAGUUUGUAAGGCGUCUGAACCUUGGGGGUGGUAUGAUAUGGGCACUCGAUCUAGACGACUUCCACGGUCACUGCGGUUGUGGCAAAUAUCCAUUAUUACGAACACUCAACCAGGAGCUGCGUGGUAUUCCUGGGCAAAGGGCCAACGACUGCACCUAAUUAAUUUCAUAAUAAUUAGGGUUGCCAUUCCUUCUCAAU